AUGCUUGGUCCGUCAGUCCACAGUGCGCUCUUUCUAUGCGCCUUCCUCCAGCUGUUCUCCCUGCCCGGCGGACAGGUGCCAAACUGCCAGGAGGUGCGCACCGUGUUUCACUCUCUGCACCCGGGCUCCAAGUGGAUCCCCGAAAACCCAGUGUCAGGUGCGGAUCUGCAGGUUUGCCAAACCAAAGGCCCCACCUGCUGUUCCAAGAAGAUGGAGGAGCGGUAUCAGGUAGCUGCACGCAGCAACAUGGAGUCUGGCCUGCAGGUUGUCAGUGCUCAGCUCAAGCAUCUUAUCAUCCAGAAUGCCGCAAUAUUCCAAGAGGCCUUUGACCUGGUGCUGCGUCACGGCCGUAACUCCACCCUGGCCAUGCUGAAGUCAGAGUUCCCAGGUCUCGGAAGUGGAGCCCAGAGCUCCGUGGGGCAGCUCUUCCUGGACAUGUCGCUCUACAUCCUGGGCUCAGACUCUGCAGUGGACCACAUGGUGGCGGUGCUCUACGGCCGCCUCUUCCCCCUGACAUACCGCCGCCUGCUGGGGGGUAGCAUAUCCUCCUCUGUGUCUGAGGAGUGUGUAAGAGGAGCCUGGAAGGACUCAGGAGCAUUUGGCCCAUAUCCCAAAAUGAUGAUGACACGUCUGUCUCGCUCCCUCCUGGCCACACGAGUCUUCCUGCAGGCGUUGAACCUGGGCAUUGAGGUUGUCAACACCACAGACCACCUGCGGCCCAGCCGGGAUUGUAGCCGGGCCCUGCUGCGGCUGUGGUACUGCCCGCACUGCCAAGGCAUGCUGGGGCCGCCAGCCUGCAGAGGCUUCUGUCAAGCGGUAAUGCACGGCUGCCUGGGGGGAGCGGCCGAGGUGCAGCCUCACUGGAGGAACUACGUAGACGGACUGGGGAAGCUGGCUGGAGCCAUGAGGGGAGAGCAGGACAUGGAGGCUGUUGUUCUUAGACUGCCCUCAAUGAUCAAACUGGCUGUCAAGCACGCUGUGAACGCCCGCAUCCGCCUCACCACGCUGGUGAGUGGGAUGUGCGGACACACUCCUCAGCGGUCCUCUCGCUCAGUCGGAUCACCUCCUCCCCACCCUCCCGCUGCCUCUGCAUCCCGCAACACGCAGCCCUCAUCCUUGGACUCUGAUGAGACUUUGGCUGGCCUCCGCAGGGAGUUCAUAUCCAACCUGAGGGGCUUCAGCUCCUUCUACAGUGGUCUCGGGGAGGCACUGUGCAGCCGUGAGCCUGUUCCAGCAAACCACUCCCUCUGCUGGAAUGGGCAGGAGAUGACAGACAGGUUUCCCGGGCCUGGCCUGAAGCGAUUGCAACCCGGCUCCGAGUCCCGAAGCAACAAGCCCCCUGAGCCAAUCAUCAGCCAGAUCAUAGACAAACUCAAACACAUCAACCAGUUGCUGCGGCUGGUGACGGUAUCUGAGAAGCGCUGGAGAGCUCGGUCGCGUGGAGGAGGAGUGGAUGGGUGGAGCGAUGAGGGGGAAGAGGGAUUCGAGAGUGGUGACUGUGAUGAUGAAGAUGAGUGCACCGGAGUGUCAGGGCUCGGGCCGCCACCGAGACGCAAACGGUUACGCAUCUUUGCAGACCUUGCUGAUAACCUGGCAAUGGAUGACUUCACCUUCCAGGAGCAGCUGCUGACCCCUCGCUUGGCCACAGCCGGGAUCGGAGGUGUCUCCUCACCUGCGGCUCCGCUGUGGAGGAGCUACCUGGUCCCGACGCUCCCUGCGGCGCUUGCUCUGCUCCUGCUUUUUCGCCAAUGACCAGUGCACUCACACACACUCCCAUCACCUCUUUCCCCUAGGUUUCAGUACAAACUCUGUGAAAUGGGACUUACUGUUUUAAAAGCUCCGGUUCCCAAUUUGAAGUUCAGCGGCUCGUCGAAGUAAGCGUGAGCAACAACAACAAAAAACUGUCUCAGUAAGACCAUGUUUUGUUUUAUUCAAAAUCACUGGAUGUCGUCAACAAACCUAUUAAAGCACACCAGAUAAACCCAUGGCAUGGUGUAAAUAAAAAAGUUGCCCUCUGGUCCAUUCCCACUAUGGUUAUUACAAUGUUUGUGCCCCUUUGCCUCACCGCCUCUCUGCUUUCAUAUUGACUUCUGUAUAAUAACAAAGAGACGGGGGGCCUCAUCAUAAAGACAGCUUUGUCAUGGAUCUGCAAGUGAGGAGCUACGUGGAGAACAGACACACAUCAGACGUUUUUGGUCCCACUCCCAGUCUGCAACAGGUUAUUGCCCUGCAGAAACAAACUGGAAGAAGGAGAAAACGCUUGCUACUCUCCUCCACGGCAGUGAAUAAUCUCCUGGCCAGGACCGGACUUGACAGCUAGGGAGGUGUGAACAACUUAUCCCCAGAGG